AUGGCUCUCACGGUACAGCUCGUAACAGCAGUGUCCAAUCUCGCAGCUUGCUUUUUGGUGGAUCGUCUCGGCCGGAGACCGCUUCUCUUAUGGAGCAGUCUUGGUAUGGCUGUAGGCCAGUUCCUCUUGGGGUUAUUCUUCUAUUUGGACCGUGACGGCACAGCUGGGGACCUAGCAUGGUUGCCUGUAUUAGCCUGCUAUAUUGUCCAAGUAGCAGUGGCUACGGGCGUGGGCCCGAUACGAUGGAUGCUCUCUGCUGAGCUCUUUCCCGAUGAGAUUCGCGGUAUGGCAUCUAGCAUGGCAACGACAGCCAACUGGUUGUCUGCUUUCAUCGUAAUUGAGCUGCUAACCCCCGCGGUAGAUGGCACGUCCUUACAGACUGUUUUCUGGUUCUUCGCGGCUGUUGGAGUUGCUCUUGCGACAUUCGUAUGGUUCUUGAUACCAGAAACAAAGGGAAAGAGCUUGGAGGAAAUACAGAAGAUAUUUCAUCGUUCUAAUAAUGAAUAA